GCAGCAGCUCACUUCCCUUUCUUAAACACCAGCUAAGUCAAUUACUUCUCUGUGACAGAAAGGAGUUAGUUCAUUACAUUUACAUGCAGAUUUUAGCUGAUAAUCUUCUCUCCCCGGAGGAGGAUUUCUGAAGGGUUUUCUGGUCAGUCUAAUGAAGAGGCAAAGCCGAACAAAAGCACAAGAUAAUUGAGUUUGUUUCAUUUUCCAAAUUUUGAUGAUCACAAUUUCCUUUUACAGGAAAGCCAAAAAAAAAAAAAAAAGAAAAAAAAUAUAAAAAUGGCUACAACAGCAGCAAAUACUCAAAGACAAACUAUAGGCUGCGAGGAAUACAGUCUGUACGGUAGCUUGAGUGAAGAUGAGCUGAUAAAGAUGGCCAUCCAGCAGAGCUUGGAAGAGGACCCCGUGGGUCAGCCAGCUGCCCAGAGCCACCAGAAGUCAAUGGUGGCAGGUCCCAGCGAGGCAGCCGCCCCCAGCCACGCCAGCAGCCACAACCCGCCCUACCGCAUCUACCCUUGGCAAAGAUUGGUGGCCCAGCCAAGAGGCCGUGCUCAGCCGUCCAGCUCGGGGGCAGCCUGGGGGUUCAGGCGAAGGUACGAUGGCAGCCUGUUCAGCACAUCCCAGCCCGUAGAACUUGACCCUGUAGUGGCAGCAAUCAAGGAUGGAGAUGAAAAAGCAGUAUGCAACAUGAUGAAAUCAGGAAAAGACCUUUCUGAACCUAAUAAGGAUGGCUGGAUACCCCUCCAUGAAGCUGCGUACUAUGGCCAAGUGGGUUGCCUGAGCCUGUUGCAAAAAGCGUACCCUGGCACAAUCGACCAGCGCACCCUCAAUGAGGAGACAGCUCUCUACCUGGCCACCAGCCGGGGCAACCUGGACUGCCUGCUCACCCUGCUGCAGGCUGGGGCCGAGCCUGACAUCUCCAACAAAGCCAGAGAAACGCCACUCUACAAAGCUUGUGAGCGCAAGAAUGCAGAGGCUGCAAGACUCCUGGUGCAGUACAAUGCUGACACCAACCAUCGUUGCAAUCGAGGAUGGACUGCUCUCCAUGAGGCUGUCUCCCGAAAUGACCUGGAGAUUAUUGAUAUCCUUGUGAAAGGAGGUGCAAAGAUCGAGUCUGCAAAUGCCUAUGGGAUCACUUCUUUGUUUGUGGCAGCUGAGAGUGGGCAGUUGGAAGCUUUGAGAUACCUCGCAAAAUGUGGUGCUGAUAUAAAUACUCAAGCCAGUGAUAACGCCUCUGCUCUUUAUGAAGCCUGUAAAAAUGGACACGUACCUAUCGUGGAAUUUCUUUUGUCCCAGGGAGCAGAUGCUAAUAAAGCCAAUAAGGAUGGCCUGUUACCUCUUCACAUAGCAGCCAAAAAAGGGAUUUGCGAGAUUGUCUCCAUGCUGAUCCCUGUGACCAGCCGCACCCGUGUCAAGCGUAGUGGCAUCAGCCCCCUGCACUUAGCAGCUGAACGCAACAAUGAUGACAUCUUGGAAGAGCUGAUCGAUGCUGGCUAUGAUGUCAACACCACCCUCUCCAAUGAACGGUCCUGCCUUUACGAGGACAGACGCACCACCCCUCUCUAUUUUGCUGUUUUUAAUAACAACAUCUAUGCCACAGAGCUCCUGCUGCAAGCUGGAGCCAACCCCAAUGUUGACCUCAUUAACCCAUUACUCAUCUCCAUUCGCCAUGGCUGCCUGAAGACCAUGAAACUGCUCCUUGACCAUGGAGCGAACAUUGAUGCCUAUAUAUCAAGCCAUCCCACCACAUUUCCAGCUACCAUCAUGUUUUCGAUGAAGUACCUUUCCGUGCUGAAGUAUCUCCUGGAUCUGGGCUGUGAUGCAGGUUCCUGCUUUGAGUGUCAGUAUGGAAACGGCCCACACCCUGCAUUAAAUUACAGACGGGACAGACUUAACGAUCCUCAGCUGUCCAAGGAGCCAACCAUAGUACAGUUUUGUGAAAUGGUGUCUACUCCAGAGAUAAGUCGCUGGGCUGGUCCAAUCAUCGAUGUUCUGCUGGAUUAUGUGGGUAAUGUGCAGCUCUGUUCCCGGCUCAAGGAGCAUAUUGACAGCUAUGAGGACUGGGCUGUCAUUAAAGAAAAAGCAGAACCCCCACGACCUCUUUCCCAUCUUUGCCGCAUCAAGGUACGAAGCCUGGUUGGAAGAAACCGCAUUAAACUUCUUGACACCUUGCCUCUCCCAGACAGACUGAUUCGAUACUUACAGCACAAUUACACACAGUGACCCCAGGCACACCAGACAUGCAGCAGCUUCCCGGCAUGGCACUCAGCAUCAUCAGCAUGGUGAGGGUGCACGUUGUGCAUGGUGGGGAAGAAUUGCUGCUGGUUUGGUCAAGCGCCCUCCAAUGACUAAUCUAAGAGAAAUAUGCUUCUGAAGCAUGAGUGAGAAGAAAAUGGAGGAGACAGAGAGCUAAACAUGGGACUGUUGUUAGGUUUUCCAAGAGAAAACACCUAUGAUUCACCUCAGAGCUUGGUCUGCAAAGAACAAGAAAUGAAAGCCAGCACUGAAAAAUUAGUAGUGCUGAAGCAAGUAUCAGUGAGGAAUUAAAAGGUAUCCUGGGGCUGUGGUGGAGCUUAGUAUCCUUGCUGCGAUCACAAUUCAGAAAUUAUCGAGAAACAACUUAUUUGGGAAAACAAUCACAUUUCCUUCACUGAAUGAGAUUUUUAUUUUAGUUUCUUUUGUACUGUUUGGAUUUCUGCUAAGUGUGCUGGUUGCUAAUUCUCUGAUGCAUUAACACCAUCUUGCUAACACUUCUACUUCCAUUUUUUGAACCUUUAUUAUUGAGUAGAAUACUUGAUUCUGAACAUUCAAAUCUCAGAUCUUUUUAAUAGACUAAAAUUCAGAAGUUCUGAUUCCUUUAGAAGUGAAGGAAAGGUUUAUUUAAGGAUGUAUCAAUUGUAUCUGCGCAUAGUGAAUACAGUUCAUUUUGUAUUACAUUGGCAAUAAGGAAUAGGUGAAAUUCUGCUUGGGAAGAUUUAUUUUUUCUUUUUCUGGUGUAAAUUAGAAGUAGCUGCACUGUAAACAGUAGCUUUACUCAGUCAUGGAGCUAGUGUCAGAACAGAACAAAGCCCUAGAGGUGCAGGAACAGAAGGGAGAGGCAACACUGCUAAACCAAUUUUCUUUGUUCCUCCCAUGAAGAUCUUGUCCCUAUAAAACCCAGCCUCUCUUACCUCCUUGGACCUCCUGGCUAUAAUACCAUCACUGGAUGAAAGAGAGAUUAUUUCAAAAUUGUGGAAGUCAGACUUUGAGAUUUAUGAAAAUGGAUACGCAGAAUUAGGCUUCCAAAUCCUUAUUCAGGUGCCUAAACAAUGCCAGCUUGCUUGAGCCAGGUGUAGUUCCACUUGAGCCAAUAGGACCACAUUUGGUGUCAGAUAUUACUGAGGCAGAAUAAAAGGCUUAGGAUUUAGCCCUGAAUUUCCUGAUUUUGGAAGUUUGAAGUAUCUAUUAGCUCCCUUUGACAUUGAUGAAAGUUAUUAUCUCAGCUUCUUUGAAAAUUAGGUCACCUAUUUACAGCUCAGAUUCACAACUGAUUUAUGGCAGCUUAACAAGUUACCAUCUAUCAGCUGAACCGCUAUAAUUGUCCGUGAAAUUCUUUUAUUGAAGUUUUUAACAAGUCACAUUCCCUCACAGCUGGGGAGGCCGAGGAGCCCAUGAAUGGUUAUUGGCAGCGACUACAGCUCAGUUGAUAGGUGUGACUUGCUGAACUGAUUUGAUGAGUGCCUCGUUCCUGACUCGGCACCUAAGUAAGGAUGGAAGAGCCUAAAUUUGGAACUACGUCUUUGCAAAUCUUAUGCUAGAAGCACAAUCCUUCUUACCUUAGGUGAUAGAGUUGUUGUGCACUAUGGUUUAUUUGGAUUCCCCACCAGAGAGCUGACAGAUCUGAUUUUGUUUGUUGGCCUGCAUACCAUCCAUGGAAUCAGAUAGAAGUGUAAGUAGGGAAAAUGCAUUGCACCGGAUUUUAUUUGUACCGCGUUUUAUACCUUAAUACAGGACUAAAAGUGUGUUGCACACAUACAAGUCUGUCUGGGCACACAAGUUCAGAUUCUGUAAUGGUUUUGUGUGAAAUGUGUUCAGCACUUGUGGAACAGGACGUGAGCAGAAGAAUUGGUUAUAGCUAUGGGCACUCUGUCCAUAGCUGUCCCCUUCCCAAACACAGAAAUGUUGAAAAACUAAGAGUUUCAAUUCACACUGAACAAGGAUCUUCUUGCAAAGCUUUGGAAACUGCUGAAAUUUUGUCCAGUGACUUCCAUUACUACCAGUUUAGCAUCUACCCCCUUGUCUCCUGCAACAUCAACAGGGAAUUGCUUCAGGCUGGAAAAAUACUAGGUGGAGAGAAAGGGAUGGGGAACAGGAAAUCUUCAGACCAGUUUUGCCAGUGAAGGCCCUGUGUUGAUAAGCAAGAGCUUGAGAGAGAGAAAAUCACCUGUGGAGUCUGUGCAUCUCUCACUUUACGGGGCUGAGCAGUGAAGGUCUGGGUCUUACUCAUAUUGAUAUAAAUCUGAAGAAAAUUCCUUGAAAUUAAGUGAGUGUAACAGAGCAGAGCUGUAGAGGUUGAUGGAUACGGACACACGGCUUGGUGGAGACCAUGUACGUAAGUGCUUGUUUAGUAUGCAGUGACAGUGUCCUGCAGACAGCUGACUGAUUGAAGAAUUCAGUCACCAGCUGCAUUUAUAACCACAGGGUUGGGAUUUCAUAAGCUAUCCCAAAGUGGGAAUUUCCCCUGAGCCAUCAGAGUUACGUAUACAAAAGCCUCUUGAGUUGCAAUUUCUUUUUUUGUCCUUUGAGAAGUUGAAACUGGGUUUGAGUGGAGCAGAUACAGAAAGUCCAUUUCUUCUUUCAGCCAAGAGACCUUUAUGCCUCUAUAGGAAGACCCGUGUCCUGGUUGCUCUCCACCAUUUGUCCUGAGCAGGAGAGUCCCUGAGCUGCAGAGCACUGGUCUGAUGGGAAUGUACCGCACCUGCAGGAAGGAUAAGUGCACAUUCUGCACCGAAACUGAGAGGAAAGUCGAUUAGAGGGGGAAUCUGGUAAUUACAGUGUUAUUAAUUCCUUUCUGCUUGACCCUUAGAGCAAAUCUUCACAUGUUCAGUUUACAUUUAUUUGCACUGAAAUGGAGCUCACUACCUCUCCACUCCAGUCAUUGACACAAUAUUUUGUGCACGAUACUGAAUCUGUACAAAUUCAAUGUGCAUUUAAUGCAUCUGUCUAGAAGUUACUGUGAAAAGACAAAUACCCUAAAACCCAAACAAACCAGGCUUUGUAAGCAGAUCAGUAGUUCUAGUGCAAGGUAAAGUGGCUUGUUUUUACUGAGUGUGAUAGAUAGACUCCUUCAGAAAUGAUGACUUUAUGUGAAAUGUUCUAGGAAUAUUUCAUGACCAGGUUACUGUACUUUUUUUUUACUGCAACAUGUGCAAUUCACUUGAUGUUCUUGUGCACUUUUUUUGAUUUUUUAUUUCAUUUUGUAUGAAAGCUUUUUCAUUUACCUCUCCCUUCCCCUUAUUUAUAAAAGCUGUUGUGGUUUUAACAGUUUAAAUUUGCAUUGUUGUAGUAAAUAGCAGCUCUUGAAUGUUAUGUUUCCAUCUUUCAAACUAUGAAUAAACAAGUAGAUUCUGAAGGGCUAUCAGCUGUCCUGAAUAGCAACACCAAACAACCGAACACAAAAAUAGCCAGGAAAGGUCUGAAUCAUUCCAAGCUUGAACAAUUAAUAAUUUUGACGUUAAUCUCAGGGGUGGGAGAAGAGUAAGUAUUGCUAGAGAGGAGAAAGAGUUGCUAUUCUUUGUAACUUUGGAAAGUCUCACACAUCCCCAUUCAGUGAUUUUGAAUAUACUUAACAAUUGUUUUCUGGUCAUUUGUGUUUUACUUCACUGCUGCUCCAGUUCAGAACCUCAGCAAGAGCCACUGCCUGCCCUGGGCUGGGGAGGGAAGUUCCAUGUAACAAAGGAUUUUAAGGAUUUUAAAAAGUAACAUCAGUUUAAAUCUGAGGGCAAAUGCAUAAGUAUCUGUGUGCCAGAGGUAAUUUGAAAUGGUCUGGUUCAAUCCUUCAUCAUAACUUAAAAACAUGCUAUUCUACUACAAGGAAAUUGUACAGCAAUAUACAUUCAAAUAUGAAGCAGUUAAAAAGAAGAAAAAGAAAACAAAGAAUUUAAUAUCGAAAAAAGUAGAAACUUGAUUUUAACUCUCUUCUUUCUCUGGAUUUCUUCAGAAACAGAAUUUCUACAGAGGCUGUCCACUUUGCCAAGUAUUUCAAUUUCGAUAGAAAUUCAUAUUCUGGUGUGAUACACAGCAUUUUCAAAUUUCCUUUCUGAACUCAUGCAGGAACACUUGCCCAUGGCAAUCAUGGCAAUACCUGGGCUUCGUUCCACAACCUGCUCUGGUCACCCAGAUGGAAAUCCAGACCUAUGCCAAGGACGCUGCUCUGCAUUGACAGCACUGAGACAGAGUUCAGCAUCUGGUUUCAACUGGAUUACAACAGUGACACAGAGCUAUUGGUGUGAGAAAACAUCCCUAUUUCUAUGUAAAAAAUUCCUUGCCUACAGCUUUGCAAAUUAAGAGCCAUAGCUCUCCUCCCAGUAACUUACACAGGGGUACUGCCUCUGGUUUCUGUUCAUCAGCUUGUGGAGGGGGACAGAGUCCUCCUAUGGACUUCCCCCCACCCCCCCUCAAAAAAAAAAAAAAAAAAAAAAAAGACAAAAACGGAAAGACAUCUUAGUACAUUCAUAUCUUCAUUUCUGGAUCAAGAGCUAAUGUGAUGUCUUUAACCCUUAGAUCAGCUUUUUAUCGGCUUGCAUGUAGUUGGCAGGUACGUGCUACCAAAGCCAAUUCCUGCUGUCUCUCCUAUAGGCAUAGUCCAUACAGGCUUGAUACACGUUUUAAGUGCUGGUAGCAGGGAGAAAACAAUGAAAGCAAUCUCCAUUUCUAAUUUUGAUCUGCUGGACUAACACAUUACAGCUGUUGUUUCCAUAAAAAGUAAACAUUGGCGGGAUAUAUUGUGAGGUUUGGGGAAAGAAUGAGCUACCUGUAGCCUGAGAGUAGUUUAUAUCCUAAUGAAAGUUGCAACUUGGCUAUAUAAGACCAAACCCCAUCAAAAGAUGCAAAAUGAUACUCUACAACUGCUUAAGAUGGUAA